AUGGCGACUGAAUUAGCGCUGGCGCUUAAUUGCCUAGAUAACGUAUGCGGUGGGACGACUCGCCACUCGCCCGCCGAGGCGGCGGCGCCCGCGAGCAGCGCGCCUUCGGCGUCGCUAUCGCCGGCGCCCCCAUCGACGAUCGGGACCGGGGGCGGAGCCCUGGAGCACCCGGCGCCCCACGAGAGCAUCGAGCUCCUAAGAGACCUGAGCGCCUCCGUUGUACAGGCCCUCUCGCUGCCCCGCCACCAUUCAACAACAUAUCGGCGCACCGAUAUUCACACGCACUCGGUAGACCCGAUCCACGCGAUUACGUCACCAGCUCAAACAGAAGCCUGCCUGACGUCACUGGGCCGCCGUUGGCCGAACGCCGCUCGGAAAUGUCACAGCGAACACGUGGCCGCCCCGACUGCGGAACUCGCGCGCCGGCCCCCCAAAAUUAUCUCAUCGCAAACAUCGUGUACCGUUCGCUUGACGCAACAGCGCUCUCUAUCAUACGCCGUACCUCGAACGAGACCGGACCAAACGGCUGAAGCACUUUAUUUUCGUUCCGGCACACCGUGUCGCGCGGAUCGAUUAGACGCACCGCACCGAUGCGAGACGCAACGGCGUGCACGCGUGCAUAAUACGCCA